ACUGCAUGGUUCACAUCACAGUUCCAAAAGCUCAACAUGAUAAAUUUACAAAUGUUUGUGUUUAGUACCUGUCUGCUGUUGACUUCAAUGCUUGCCAAAGAAGUGGAAAGUGGAUCAUGCCCAAAACUUGAAAACAAGAUAUUUGACAACUUAGUGGAUAUGAUGGUUGCCAUUAAAUCUGGAUCUCAAAUAUCAGGGACAAGUAAUGAAAAAGACAGACCCGCUUUUACAGCAACACUGAAAAGCCACUUAACUUUAUCUAAAGAUGCUACUAUUAAAUAUGACACAGUAAUUUUGAACCAAGGUAAAGGAUAUAGUCCUAAAACAGGAAUAUUUACAGCAACAAAGGCAGGGCUAUAUCUUAUUUCUGCAACAGUCAUGUCUAGUGGUGGUACUGCCUUAGGAGCUUCCAUCAGUAAAAAUGGAGCUAACCUCAUGAACUUGUACGGCCCAAAGAUCCAUGGGGGAACUGAAACUGCCAAUCCUGUGCUAGACCUUGAGAAAGGAGAUCAAGUUUCAGUGAGAAGCCAUGGUUCAUAUACAACCUAUGGAAACAAUCAUUCCUAUUUUUCAGCAGUUUAUAUCGCUUAGUUAGUAAAAUGAAAAUUACAAAUAAAUCAAAGUGAUAACUUC